AUGUCUGAAUGUCGGUGCCGUAGCAGCGCUUUCAUUGCGGCCAUAUUUGCCUUGGCCCUUACGUUAACAAACGCUGUCGAAGAGGUGUUUAUGCCCAACCAGCUGGAUGCCUUGCCGAGUAUCUUAAUCAUUGGCACGGCGAAAGGUGGCACGACAGACCUCUACAAGCAGCUUACGUUUCCGAAGGUGAAUCAGGCGCCUGGCCGGGCGGAACCGCGUUUACCGGCUAAUGCCGAGAAGGAGCCCUCGAUACUCAACCGCGGCGGCAUUGAGGGCAAGCUGAUGCCGUUCCAGCCUCUGUACAUCGAGUACCUUCACCUGCUGGGCCACCCCUGUGGUAACGCCACCGAGGAUGACAUCCAGGAUUGCAUGGCCACCCUAGGGACCCAGCAGCUCACACUAGAUGCCUCUCCCGACUACUCCUUCUCCCUGAAUGCGCCGUUGUACCUUAAGCAGCUGAGUCCCUUGUCGAAGAUUGUGAUGAUGAUUCGAGAACCGGUGGAACGAGUCGAGACACUGUUCCGCCACUACAAGCUGACGUUGGUGGACAAAGAAACAACACUGUACUUGGAUUUUGUGCAGGGCUGGUGGUCAGAUAGGAGCCUUGACACACUCGCCGGCAACUUCCUUGAAGCCGUGCGCACCGACAACAAAGCAAGGGCCGCAUUGCAGCAUGCCGUCAACUGCCCUCCGGCGGAUGUGGUCUGCCAGGCAGACGGAUGGAAACGCAUGGUUUCGCUGUACUUUAUGCGAUCCAUGGAUAACAAGAUCUUCAUGGGUGGUCUGUACCGUUACAUGAUGGCUGUGUGGCGGCGUGUCUACUUCCAGCCUGGGAGGGUGAUGCUGAUCGACUCUCAGGCCUACUAUCAGCGGCGGCCUGAAGUAAUGGAGAAGGUGAUAAAGUACCUGUACGGCAGGCCAAUGCUGCCGGAGGAGCGGGAGGAGGCGGCGUCUGAGGUCGUCUGGCGCAAGAAGGGCAAACUGCCCUAUGCGGCCGGUUUGAAGCUGUCAUUGGCGGCGCGGCAGCAGCUGGAGGAGUUCUACGAUGUUCACGUGAUGCAAGGGUUGUUCCGCAUGCUGACGGACAUGCGCGCAGAGGGUGCCUGGGUGGCGGGCUUCGACAGAGAGCCCUGGGAAAAAUGUCCCGGCUUUGCAGAGUUCCAUGGCCUCAGCCCUUACCAGCAGCAAUAA